UCUCAGUGUCAGUACGCUCUUCCUCUGCUCGUUCCUGAUCCAUUCACACAAGAGAUUGAAUUUCCUCUCUGGACAUUCAGACAAGUCAACAAGAGCUGGAAGAUGAGAAACACCAACAAUGAGAUCAUCAGUCAAACCCAGCCGAUCUACAAGGCAGAAACUCCAAUGGUGUUUUUCUUCAGGUUUGGCUCUGUGUCUUCAUCCAAGUCUCAGCUGAUGAACAGUCUGAUCAAUGAGAAACACAACACGUUCUUUCACAGAAACUGCCCAGGCAGCAGCAGAACCAGAGUCCUGAUGGAUGGAGUGGUGGAGAUCGCCUGGUUCUGCCCCUCUGGGAAGAACACUGAUAAAUUCACUAACUGUGUUGCCUUCUGUAAUCUACAUGGGGAUGCAGGAGACCAUGAGAAGCAACUGCAGAUCCUCACUGAAAUGGCCUCAGUCAAUGUUGUUCUAAUAACACAACUGGAUAAGAAUGACAGACAUGCAGCAAAUAUCCAGAACCUGUUAAAAAAAAAAAACACUAAUUUGUCUUUUAAUGGAGGAUGA